CGGGGCCCCCCGGUGCUGCGGGCGGGGGGUGAACGGCCCCGCCGCCUGUGCGGCUUCCCCGGGGCCGCGGCCCCGUUACCGACGCGGGGGUAGGGCCGGGCCCCGGGUUGGGCAAGACAGCGAUCGCGGGUCCGGCCUGCCCAAUACCGGUGUCGCUCCUGCACCGGCGCCCCGGGCGUGGGCGGGACGGGAAGCCCGGGCGCCCUUAAAGGCGAGGCCGGCAGCGGGCCCGGUGCUGCGGAGGAGGCCGGGCAGCCAGUGCCACCGGGACCGGCUCGGAGUGCCACCGGGACCGGCUCGGAGUGCUACCGGGACCGGCGGCUUCGACGGUGCUGCCGCUGCUCAGGGGCCCAGCGCCCCGGGACACGGAGGGGCCAUGGCGGGUGCCGGUGCCCCGGGCUGGUGGCGGCUGCUGCUGCUGCUGCUGCUGCAGGCCGUGCCCCGGGCCGCAGGCGCCCGGCCCUGCAGCCCCAAGUACUUUGGCCGCGACGCCAUGGUGUGCGUCUGCAAUGCUACGUACUGCGACACGCUGGACCCCGUGGUCCUGCCAGCCCCGGGCACCUACGUCAAGUACGAGAGCAGCAAGGCCGGCAAGCGGCUGGAGCGCAGUGAGGGGAGCUUCCAGCGCAGCCUGCGUGCCCCAGAUCUUGUCCUCACCGUGGACACGACACAGCAGUACCAGCAUGUGAAGGGUUUUGGUGGCUCCAUCACCGACGCAGCUGCCAUCAACAUCCUUUCCCUGCCAGAAACAGCCCAGGAUCACCUGCUGCGCUCAUACUUCUCUGAAGAAGGGCUGGAGUACAACCUCGUCCGGCUCCCCAUGGCCAGCUGUGACUUCUCCCUCCACGCCUACACCUACGACGACGUUCCCUUCGACUAUGAGCUUGCCCACUUCAGCCUGCGAGACGAGGACACAAAGCUGAAGAUCCCUGUCCUGCACCGAGCCCUGGCCAUGAGCAAGCGGCCGCUGUCACUGUACGCCAGCCCCUGGACCUCCCCGACCUGGAUGAAGACCAGCGAGUCCUUCGUGGGGAAGGGCACGCUGAAGGGGCAGGCAGGGGACAAGUACCACAAGACCUGGGCCAACUACUUUGUACGGUUCCUGGAUGAAUACGCCAAGCACAACCUGACCUUCUGGGCAGUGACGGCGGAGAACGAGCCCUCGGCUGGGUUGAUCAACAACUACCCCUUCCAGUGCCUGGGCUUCACGGCUGAGCAGCAGCGGGACUUCAUCGCGCGGGACCUGGGCCCCGCGCUGGCCAACAGCUCCCACUGCCACGUCCAGCUCAUCAUCCUGGAUGACAACCGGCUCCACCUCCCGCACUGGGCCAAAGUGGUCCUGGAGGAUGAAGAGGCAGCUCGCUACGUCCACGGCAUUGGCAUCCACUGGUACCUGGACUUCAUCGGCCCCAUACAGGACACGGUGGUGCCCACUCACGAGCUCUUCCCCGACUACUUCAUCCUGGCCACAGAGGCGUCCAUUGGGGCCCACUUCUGGGAGAGGAACGUGAUCCUGGGCUGCUGGGAGCGGGGGAACCAGUACAGCCACAGCAUCCUGACGAACCUGAACCACUUUGUGGCCGGCUGGACCGACUGGAACCUAGCCCUGGAUCUGGAGGGGGGCCCCAACUGGGUCAAGAACUACGUGGACAGCCCCGUCAUCGUGGACACCAGUGAAGGCAUCUUCUACAAGCAGCCCAUGUUCUACCACAUGGGGCACUUCAGUAAGUUCAUCCCCGAGGGCUCCCAGCGCGUGGGCCUCGUCGCUUCCAAAGAGUCCAAGAAGACGGAGCUGGAGUACACAGCUUUCCUGCGCCCCGACGGUGCCGUGGUGGUGGUCAUUCUGAACCGGUCCCCGCAGAACGUCACCUUCGGGCUGGCAGAUAGAGUUGGCCUCAUCGCAGCCGUGGCUCCGGCCAGCUCCAUCCAGACCUACUUGUGGCAGCGGCAGUGACGGGGCUGGGACGCCCAUGGCUGGCCAGGGGCCGGACCGAGCCGGGCCAGGAGAGCAGCCCCACGGGCUCAGGCCUGGGAACGCAGAGGAGGCGGCUCACUGCUGCCUGCGCCGCAACAGAGCCGAGCGCUCGGGCGAGCUGGGCCGGGGAGCGCCGUGCACGUGCAGGAGGGCCGGGGGCACCGGUGCCCCUCGGGGUGGAGAUCCCACAGGCUGCGAACACUGUUUGCUGCUGCUGCUCUGACAUUAAAUGCUGAUGCUGCCUCUGUCUGUGA